CAGUAUCAUGGAGGGGGUUAUAAUCAAGGAGGGGGUUACAAACAAGGUGGGGGUUACAACCAAGGUGGGGGCUAUAAUCAAGGAGGGGGUUACAACAGACAGUGGGGGGGUGGUUAUAGAGACCGAGAACAAGACCGUGAUGAUAAGCUGGAGAGGAUGUAUAGUUUGUUAUCAGAACAGGUGGAAGAGCGGGAACAGCGUAAGAGGGAAUUGGCCAAGCUUGAGUUGCUGGAGCAAGAAAAGAAGAAGCUGCAGGCUGAGGAAGAAAAAAGGCAGCAGGAGAAUAGAGAACGCGAACUGCAGGAGGCUAGGCUGGGAAAAAUUGUACGUACCAGCAUAAAGGUUGUUUGUGAAUCAGCCCUUGGACGCAAAGUGGACAUACCGGAGGACGAUGAUUGUGAAGUUGCAAAACUUCGAAGGGAGCCUGAGGAGCUACGGGCCAAAUCUUCUGAAGCUUCGAGUAACUCAAGGGAUAAUGACGGGCGUCUGGAGGCACUGCGAAAGGAGAAGGAAGCCUUACUGAAAGCCAAGCAUCAAGAAUCAGAGGAGGAACGAUUACGAAAGGAGAUCGCAGAUCUGAGAARCCGCAGUGAGAAUGGGGCAUGUACAGACGGGAAGAAUGACAAAAUUUUGGCACUACAGUUGCASAUCAAGGAGCUUAGUACAUUUCGCGUCACCUUGGAGGAGAAGAGCACUGAGGUUUCUGCCCUCAAGUCCGAGAACAAGCAUCUGAGGAAGGACGUCUCAGAACUUCGUGACGAAUUUCUCGUCUUACGAGGRAAGAGGUGUUYGGGCGCGAUCACGGAAAGCAGUCCUCCGGACGAACCUAUUGCAGUGAAGCCUCGUCCUGAUCCAUCCACCACAGCGAUGUAUACGCUGAAGGAUUUGGCUGUUUUGCAGAAGGCGUACAAGGAUGCUCUGCUGGCUAAGGAAAUGGCGCUUAAGGAGGCGCAUAUGCUCAAAGAUCGGAUGGCGAGAUUGGCGGCGUCAAAGAUUCGCCUAUCCACAAGGCGACAGUCUUCCAGAAGAACCACGCCACGCAACCUUCGGACGAGUUUUCAGGAUGCUGAGGAAAUCGUCGACCUCGAUGCUGCCRAGGARAAUCAGGAAGGAGAGCGUCAAAGUGAUAAGAACACCGUGGAUGCUGCCCGCGAUGUUGAAGUGGCCAAGAUGGCUGCAUUCAGGGAUCUCAGAUUCAAGGAGCUCAGGCAAYKGAAAAAGCAGGAUAUGGAGGAGGCGUGUGCUAAGGAGGGAAUCARCUACAUCAAGCUGGAUCAGGCCAAAGCAGAUGUGGCUGAGAUCAGGGCUAGUUGUGAUUUUGAUUUGUGGCUUAAGGAGCARGACGUUGCAGAUGAGGAGGAUCGUGAUCUGCACUAUGCCACCUCUACGGAGGAUGUGGGCRAUGCUUGAGGGGACUCCCUGGGCGCGUCUCAACUUCAGGAUCU